CCUGAAUCCCUCCCAAGUUCCAGCGCCUUGGUUGUCGAGUUUUAAAAGUCUGGACUUCUCCACAAGCUCUCGGGAUGGAUGUAGGGUAGGGAUAAACAACUUUAUCAAAACGAUCGUCCCAAUGCUACUUUCAUACCUGGCCCUACUACCGGGGGUGUUGGCAUCGUGCCAAACCGCCCCCGUAGCCACGACGCUCAAUGGCACCUACGUCGGCCGCUAUCUCGCCGAAUUCUCCCAGGACCUCUUCCUGGGGAUCCCCUUUGCCCAAGGCGGGCGGUUGCAAAACCCAACCCCACUGAACGAGACAUGGGAAGGCACGCGGUCGGCCGAGUGGUACGGGUCCAUCUGCCCCGUGCCGGCGUCGGAGCGGAGCGUGCGCAACGCCAACGUGACGGGCAAGUCGGACGACUGCCUCAACCUCAACAUCAUCCGGCCGUCGCGGGCCAGCCUCCCGGACAAGGACGAGAAGCUGCCCGUGGCCGUGUGGCUGUACGGCGGCGGCUUCCUCGACGGCUUCGGCGCCGACCUCAACUCCAACUACUCGUGGGUGGUGCAGCACAGCGUGGCGCAGGGCACGCCCAUCAUGGCCGUGACGCUCAACUACCGCGUCGGCUUCUUCGGCUUCCCCGGCGGCGAGGAGGUCGCCGCCGCGGGCCUGACCAACCUCGGCCUCAAGGACCAGCGCCAGGCGCUGCGCUGGGUGCGCGAGAACAUCGCGGCCUUCGGCGGCGACCCGGACAAGGUCACCGUGUGGGGCCAGUCGGCCGGCGGCAACUCCAUCGUGUACCAACUACUAGCCUACGGCGGGCAGAGCGACGAGAAGCUGUUCCGCGGCGCCAUCCUCAGCAGCGGCACCAUCGGCAUCGGCAACACCAUCCGCCCCGACCGCGAAGACGCCAUCCAGGGGUACCGGCACAUCCUCAACGGCACGGGCUGUCUCGACGCGGCCGACACGCUCGCCUGCCUGCGCGAGGUGCCGAUGGAGCUCCUCUUCGACGUAGCGGCCUCCACCCCCACCCAACCGACCUGGUGGCCGACCAUCGACGGCGACUUCAUCACCGAGCCGCCCUCCCUCCAACUCGCCGCCGGCGCCGUCCAGCGCAACAUCUCCCUCCUCCUCGGCACCAACGACGACGAGGGCUUCGUGCUCGCCAACCUCCUCGGCCCGGGCACCGAAACCGAGUCCCAGCUCCGCCAGAUCCUCCAAUCCGUCUUCCCCCUCGCCCGCAACACCACCAUCACGCGCCUCCUCACCGCCUACCCCACCUCAGCCCCCAACCCCCCCUACGCCCUGCCCAUGUCCUCCACCCCGGAAUUCUGCGCCGCCCUGGAAGCAGCCAACCAAACCUGCGGCGGCGCCCAAUACCGCCGCCUGGCCGCCAUCACAGGCGACUACGGCCUCAUCCACGGCCGCCGCGACAUGGCGGCCAAGUGGGCGGAGCUGGGGGAGACGGCGUACACGUGGCGGUUCGGCACGUGGCCGACGUCGAUGCCGCUCGACACGACGCUGGAGGGCCAGCCGGGCUUUGCGGCGCACGGGGCGGAGUACUCGUACUUCUUCCGGUUCCCGGCGGACUACGAGCUGUUUGGCAACAACCCGCAUGUUCCUGAUUCGGAGGCGCAUCGGGCGCUGGCGGAGGUGAUUUCGACGAGGGUGAUUGCGUAUGUGUACAGUGGGGAUCCGAAUUUUGUAGAGGGUACGGUUCCCAAUGUGCCCGCCUGGCCAAAGUAUAGCGUCGAGAACCCGUCCAACCUGGUUCUGAACGCCACCCAGGUCCCGGAUAAGUUGAACAUUCAUAUUGAGCCUGACACUUGGCGCGAGGAAGGGAUGGCCUUGUGGGCUGAGUAUCCCCUCGAAUUAGACCUCUUUAUCGGUUGAUGGAUAGCACGGGGUAAGAUCAGGUGUACAUCCAGGUCAUCUCGCCGUCUUUCCUAGCCAGAGAAGCAAACUUUGAUUCAUACCAUGCCACCGGCUGGUGCAAGAAGUAGAAAGAAAACGAAAUGGCUUGUAAUUACGAAAAUAUACAGAAAUGAGCCGUUGCCAAACG